UCGGAGGGAGUACUAUUUAAAAGGAUAGAAGGAACAAACGUGGUACAGUCCAGGUGUACCGAGUAGACCCGGUCCAGGGGACGGGAAGAGAAAAUAUGGCACAGUCCAGGGGUACCAAAUGCACAGUACAGUCCAGGGGGCAGGAAAGAGGGAAGAUGAAAAUCCAGGUGGGGGGAGAGCCGAUGAGGAUGAAGAUUGUGCAGUCUCGGGGAAACAAAAAAAUACGUGGUGCAGGCCGGAAGAGGUUAUACAGGGAAGAAAGAUAGUACGGUCUUGGGGGAUGUUACUAAGACCCUGGAGGGGAUAUGGUACAGUCCUAGUGGGUAGAUGGAAAAAACGGAACAGUCCAGGGAGGGGCAUAAAUAAAAAAGUACCUACAUGAUACAGUUCCAUAGGACUGAGUAACAAAGGCAGCAUUUGGAUGCCCCUUUAAGGACCCCAUUUUAAAGUCGGCAGUAUUUAACUCCACCCCCACCGCCAGUUCUUUAUUUAGUCCCACUAUAGCCCACCUGCACGUAAGCAAACUCUCUGGAAGUGCUCCGCCUCUUCCGGCUCCGGCUAGGAGCCCGGGGUUGUUAUGGCGGCGCUGAGGCGCGGCGGGCACACGUUACGUCUGGGUGGCCAGGCACUUCUGGCAUUACGGGUGCCCGCGGGACCCCGCCGAGCCGUGGCCGCGGGCAGCGUGAGAGGCGACGCCGUCGUGACCCCGGGGGCUCCGCCACCGCCGCCCCCCACCCCCGUGCAGGCUCUCGAGGACAGGGAGGAUCACAUGACAGCAAUGCUGCGCAAGAACCCAGAUUACCAUGGCUUUCAUGAUGACCCAGUUGUGGACUUGUGGAACAUGCGCAUUGUCUUCUUCUUUAGCGUCUCCGUCUGCAUCGUCAUAGGCUUCACCCUGAUGCACUACAUGCCGGAUAACGGGAUGCAGGAGUGGGCCCGGCGUGAGGCAGAGCGGCUGGUGCGGCAGCGAGAGGCACAGGGGCUGCCUGUGCUGGACCCCAAUUACUACGACCCUAAGACACUGGUGUUCCCCCCUCAGGAUGAGGACUGAUAGCCCCCCCCCCGUUUCCCAAUAAACCUGUGUGAUCUGCCUGA